AUGCUCACAAUGUCUUCGACGACAGAUAAUGUCGGGAAACGUCUUCUGGUCAACUUCAUCGACGAGGCUGCCCGUAGCUCUCCGUCGGCGAGGGCAGUGUGCCAGCCCGUGACGAUCGACUCGAAAACUGAGAAUCAUUUCUUGACAUAUCGCAACAUAGCCAACGUAGUUAAUAGGCUUGCCAAGUGGCUUGAUGAAUGCCUUCCUGCCGAUAAUGACUCUCGGACUAUUGGAUACCUGGCAUCCAGCGAUAUCAGACACCUGUUAUUGACGCUCGCCGCUAUAAAAGUCAAAGCUAAGGCUCUCCUCCUGUCACCCCGAAAUGGCGCUGCAGUGCAUAGGCAUGUGCUUGAGAAAACCAACAGCUCAUUCCUUGUUUUCGAUGCCUCGUUUCGGAAAGUGGCGGACGAAUUGCAACACGACGCACAGAUACGCACUUGUGCUGUCCCGUCCCUGGUCGAAUGUCUGAGAUACGGAGACAAUGAAGAACAUUACCCGUACGAGGAAACGUGGGAAACCGCUACAGAUGACGCUUUUGUGAUCCUUCACACGGCAGGGUCCACGGGUAUGCCGAAACCGGUCACAGUCCCUCACUCCACUCUCGCAGCUAUCGAUGCACAGCAUCUAAUUUCUUCUCGGGUGGGACGAAAAUGCGUGCUAGAAAUCCUGGCUGAAGCAGAUAUGCCCUUCAUGGGCUUCCCCUUGUUCCAUACUGCUGGGGUUAUACUCGGCUGGUUUCUCCUUCUCUCGGGCUGUACACUUAUGCUAGGGAACCCGAACAAGCCAGUUAGCCGCCAUAUGGUUCGUGAAAUCCUCAAGAUACCAGAAGUCGAUGCUCUUAUCCUGCCUCCAUCCGUGCUAGAUGAUGUGGCCCAGGAUGAGGAAUUAGUGAAGGACUUGUCUCGGUGUCGAGUGCGGCUGAUCAACAGCAUAGGCAGUACCGAGUGCGGCGCGUUCGUCCAGUUUCCCGUGAAAUCAGAGCACUGGUACUGCUAUCACUUCAGCGACGAACUGAACGGCAUUCAAUGGCGACGGUUUGACCUGCAGCCUGACAGGUUCGAGAUGGUCAUCACCCGUAGCGAAGCUGCCAGUGAAUUCCAAAUGGUGUUCAGGAACCUUCCCCAUUUGGAGGAAUUCGAGACAAAGGACUUAUUCUCCAGGCAUGAAACCAUGCGGGACUAUUGGGUGUACGAAGGCAGACGCGACGACAUCGUCGUCCUGUCCACGGGAGAAAACUUGAACCCGCUCGAGAUCGAGGGCGCAAUCAGCGCCAAUCCCAGCAUCCAGGGAGCGCUCGUUUUCGGCUCGGGCCGGCCCAAGCCAGGCCUAUUGAUAGAACUCGACUCUAAGGAGAAUGGACAGCGAGUCGAGGAUAUCAAACAACACGUCAUAGACGUCCUUCGUGACACGUAUCGGCGCUGCCCCGAUUUCGCUCGGAUACCGGAGGGGAAUAUCAUCUUUACAAAGGGCGACAAACCGUUCGCUAGGACGGAGAAGGGCACGGUGCAGCGCCGCCAAACAAUCGAGGCCUAUCAGAAUAAAAUUGACGCCCUAUUUGACUCUUCCCGUGGGUUCGACGACCAGCAUCUAUCACUCGAUCUGUCAUCCGAAGAAGCAUUUGCUGGCUCCUUGGCAAAGGCUGUAGCAAAGAUAACGGAUACCGAUGGAUUCGACACAAACAGUGACUUCUUCGAUGCGGGACUGAAUUCUCAGCAGGCCGAGAUGCUAAUUGCCAAUGUCCGAGAAGCCAUUCGAAAUGAAGACUGUGGGUUGGACGAGCGCCAGCUCAAUGAGGAUGCAAUAUACACUCAUACACGUGCGACGAAGCUUGCAAACUACAUCUUCCAUCCGUCUGAAUCGCCCUCGCCGGAUGACCGCCUACAGGCCAUGUCUAGUAUGCUUGACAAGUAUACUUCGUCUCUUCCAAAACGGGAAGGUAAAGUACAGGACCGACCCCACAGCCAAGAGCACAUUCUUCUCACCGGAAGUACUGGAUUCGUUGGAUCGCAUCUGCUCCGAGUCCUCUGUCGAAGGGACAACGUCAGGAAAAUCACGUGUAUCAAUCGUAAGAAUCCAUCACGGUCGCCAUCGAAAGCCACAGAGGGGAUGAACGGAAGUGCUUCGUCGACAGAGGUGCAAUACCUCACUGGCGACCUCUCCGCAGACAAGCUCGGGUUGGAAGAGAAGACAUACACGGCGCUGACCGAGUCAGUGACCACCAUCAUGCACUGCCAGUGGCCAGUGACCUUUAAGAAGAGCCUGUCGCACUUCGAACCCCAGAUCCAAGGUGUUGUAAAUUUGGUACAGUUCGUGGUCGCAUCAAAACAGCACCCGCACAUCAUCUUCCCAUCAACCAUUGGCACGGUGACCAUGUGGGACAAGGACUCUCCAGUCCCCGAAACCCUGCUCACGGCUUUCGAGUACGCGCAAACCGGAUACGGCGAGAGUAAGUUGAUAGCAAGCCUGUUACUUCACAAAGCAGGCGAACUCGCCGGCGUCAGAGCAUCAGUAUGCCGUUUGGGGCAGGUAGCCGGACCGGUGCAUACGGAUGGCGCAUGGCCUCUUCGUGACUGGUUUCCGACGCUGCUGGUGAGUUCAAAGAUGAUGGGAUACGUUCCAGGCACCUUGGGCGCCCAGCGCCACUUGGAAUGGAUCCCAGUGGAUAUGCUGGCAGAGAUGCUUGCCGAUCUCGCGGAGUUGGAUGGUUCGGUCAGUGACGAAGUGACGUCUUACUACCAUUUUGUCAACCCCAACCGAGCUACGUGGGAGAGCGUCGUGCCAACGGUCCUCGACGAACUUCAGGGGACUCGCAAAACGGCGAAGCUGUCUGAUUGGGUGAAAAAGCUAGAGGAGCAUGCGGAAGACGCUAAUUUACCGGGCGUGCAGUUGCUCAACUUUUAUCGGUCGCUCGAGGGCAGGCCGUUGGAGAUGGAGACGCAUCAUACAGAGGAGCGUGUUCCCUCUCUCGGGAAGGUUCCCGCGGUAAAUGAGGAAUGGAUGCGAAUUUGGAUCCGGCAAUUAGCUUCUAAUGGGUCGAUAUGA